AUGCAGGUCAACUUCGAAACAGCGCCAGUCUAUACUGACGACUUACGCGACAACAAUUCCGCGGUGUAUUAUGUAGAGGACAAGCGACAUUAUCAUGUGCCAGGGACCUGGACGGUUGCGAGUUAUGAUCAAACCAUUAUGUUAGUAUACCGGACGAACUGCAGCGUUCUGGAUAGCAACCGCGAUGUUGGAGUUCUUCUCACUGCGGAGGUCUUAUUACAGAUGGUUGCUGCCAUUCAUGGUACACCCUGCAUACCGAUACAGAAGCCUAUUGGAUAUGAGGAUCAGAUCGAUGAUAGAUCGUCAACGUGCGGCUCCUAUAUUUACACGUUGGCUUACCUCAAGGAAAAAGUCGGCCUUCAGCGGAAAUAUCAGCAAAAAGUCGGAUGGGAUGACGCGCCUUUCAACUGUGAGAAGGGCGAAAGGAUUGGAGUGACAAAAUGGUUUCUAGUAAUGGAUUCAAGCACGUACGAAGAGUUUCAACCAUAUGCGGUCCAGUGA